GAGGAAGGCAUUUCGCCCUUCGAGGAGCUGUUCCUCUAUGCAUGCCCCAAGUUCAUCUCAGCGAACCCACCACCAUACGAGGACCCCGAACUGCUCGCGGCCUACGUCGAGGAUCCCCCAGUAGAGCCCGCGCUCUUCCUUUCCGAGAAACUCGCCAACUUCCUCGACGCGGAUGAGGAGGAGAUGGUACAGCAGAUGAUGGUUAUGAACCAGGCGAGUCGGAGCAUAAGCCGUCUCGAGAACGACAAGGGCCUGCUGGAUGGCCUUGGAUUUCGUGAUCGACGAGAGUCGACUGUUGGACGGCGCUUUGCGGGGUGCCCGCUUCCUGUUCCACCAAAGCCUGUUGCGCAGAAGCCUGCAGCGAAUGGAACGAUGACUUCGGCUGAUGCCAUCCUCCACCACCAUGUGUCGGCUUCGAUUCACCUCCCUGCAACAUACGUGCACAAUGAGCUCGAACAUCUGCUCCUCAAGCAGUCGAUGCCAACACCAGACUGUGGGGAGCCAGCCCGACCGAACCGAGGAGAAGACGACUGGGCAGAGGCUGGCGCGGGCACGACGGACGCAGGAUCCGGUGCACGUCUAGCCUCAGGAGGGUGCCAUCUGACCGCGCUGGUCUGCCGCUCCCCACGCGUAUCUCCGUGCACGAAGCACAUGGCUGCAGCUGGCGCGACCGCUGAGAACGAGGUCGCGGGAACGUUUCAAGCGGUUCUCACUCGAGAAUCUGCACGUCGAGGCCGUUCUUCUAACGCUCCCGUCGCAUCGCGUCUGAUCAGGUGUGCGACCGUCAACGCGGAGAGGAGUGGUUGCGUUCACGUACGAGGACGUGGGUGA